GAUAAACACUUGAACCUAGGCGUCUACACACACGGGGGCAUAAACUCAUCUCCAACCGCUCGGGCCACUUCUGUCUCAUCAAGCGAGGCCGCUUCGCCCUCCUUUCGUAGUACCGCAUCUACGACGGCCCGCACGGUAAUUUUUGCUAACCGUUUUCCGUGCCUUUACAGACGUCUGGGCCAUGCUGUAAUAAUGUUUUCAGUCGGAAGGAUUGUUAUUAUUGUAGUGAUUACAUAGAGCUGAAAUGUUUCAUACACGAGCUGGGAUCCUGGUGUUUGGAUGUUAUUGUGCAUUUUUCUAAAUCAAUUCACUUGUCAAGGUAGACUAGACCUACAUAAGAUCAAAGAGAUUUAAAUCUAAUCUGCUCAGCCAAAAAACACGACAUCUCAUAAUCUCAUAAUAUUUUGUGAUACUGCUAUGUACUACUUGGAGGAUCUAUAUAGAUGUAUAUAGACGUCUAGAUCUAGUAUUUGACUAUCAAAAAGCUGCAGAUUCUCUAGAUCUAAAUACAAUUAAUAUAAGAUCUUAACAAUCCCAAAUAUUCAAACAAAGCAAAAGAUUAUUAUAGCCUGGACUGCUAAGGGAGGAUACUCUAUAAUUUGUGUGGAUCUAUUCUCACUGAGGCUGGGUCGGCUGCUACUGAAAGCCUGGAACUUUAUAGAUUCUAGAUAUCUAGAUCUAGAUCUAAAUUAGACUAUUCGAAACAUUGUGCAUUAAGGAUUAUUUAUUUGUUUUCUGUUGCUGAGUGAUAUUUUGUCAGUGACUCCUAGGUCUCAAGUGAUUGACCUGCUCUACUCCUGUUCACCAAUGUGCUCCUGUGUGGUGUGUACAUUAUGAUGUUUCAACGCACGCGCGCAAGAACUCGGCACUAACAAACUGAGGACUCACGGUGGAAGGCAGAACACGAACCACCUUACCAACGGAGUACUACUCCGACAUAGGCGGCUCCUGCCGGUGGGACAGCCCAGCUUCCGUGGAGGAAGAGAAGAGGAAAGGGGGAGAAAGCGGUGCCGUUUCGCCCCUGGGCGGACAGCGUCGGAGCCACCCGCCCCUCCAAACGUCGUUCUACGCACCGCUGCACCCCUCACUCCACCCAAACAUGCUGGACAUGCAAACGGUGGGGCUCCAGUCUCCGUACCCUAGCUCCGCCGUGGGCGGCAUGGGUUCGAUCUCUAACCUCUCAAUCGGGAAUAUAGGAAACACGACCGGAUUGGGUCUAAUGACCGGCCUGUAUGGCGAUCAAAACUACUACCGGCACGGAGGAUAUGGCAUGGCCAUGGGUGGAAUGAGCAUGUACACUGACCAGUAUGGGGCCAUGUCCAGGCCAUCGCCCUAUGGCCCAUACGGAGGCCAUCACCCGCACCAUCCUGUCAAAGAGAUGGUCAAGCCGCCGUACAGCUACAUCGCCCUCAUUGCCAUGGCUAUCCAGUCCGCCCCUGAGCGCAAGGUGACUUUGAACGGGAUUUACCAGUUCAUCAUGGAGAAAUUCCCGUUUUAUCGGGAAAAUAAACAAGGCUGGCAGAACUCUAUUCGUCACAAUCUCAGCCUGAACGAGUGCUUUGUCAAGAUCCCGAGAGACGACAAAAAGCCUGGCAAGGGAAGCUACUGGACCCUUCACCCGGACAGCUACAACAUGUUUGACAACGGGAGUUACCUCCGACGCCGACGGCGCUUCAAGAGGAGCCCGGCCGAGAAGGAGAAGGAAGAGAGGAUGAAACGGUUGGAGGAGAGUAAGGACGGAGUGAAGGAUGGUCUGGAGGAAGGGGAGAUUCACCACGCCAGGGAGUCUCACGGGAAUAGCAGUAACACUUCCGGUUCCGACACGGCGUCCGAGACACCGGUCAAGAUGGAGAAGGACGUUCUGCGCCCCCGAAAUUCGGUGUCCCCCGGGGAGUUGACCAGGAGUACGAAAAUCGAGCCCAUGGAUGUGCCGCAGAACGAGUGCUUGGGAGGCGGGCUGGAUCUUCAUCACCACAGCAUGGCCGAACGAAUGGCUGGGGGAAGGCUGGGCCAUCACGGAGGCCAUUUGUCUCACCCCCAGCUGCAAGGUCACGGACUUAGCCUGCAGGCACAGGGUCUGUGUGGAGUGGGCGCAGGCAACUCCCUGUCCCUCUCAACGGAUCCGCUUUCGCCCAUCGAGUCGUCGGUCAGCAACUUUACCGUUGAAAACUUUUUGUCACCGUCGCACUUGGCCAACAGCGACAUGGUCCCGGGUAGCUCGGGCGCCUCGAAUCUCUCGUCGCGCCCGCCGCCCCUCGUCUCACCGCAUCUCCUGCCAUACUCCCGCGCCUCGGAUCUGUACAGGCCCAUCACGGCAUGUAGCCAAGCUGCCUCGCCGCCCGCCGCCCCUUACAACAGCUACCACUGCGGCAGCGGUUCCGGUCAGUCGAGCUCGGGGUACCCAUCGUCCAGCACGCCCCACAUCUCCAGCGGCCACGGCCAGCAGUCCGGUCUCUCGGGCCACCACCAGCACGGUCCCAUGAACAUGGCCUCGUCCAACAGCAGCAUCAACGGAGGAAACGGCCACGGCUGCUCGGACGACAACGGAGGCAGCCCCCACGCGCCUCAUCACCUCGGGGGCCACCUUUCUCACCCCUCCCUACACCAGUCCAACGGCCUCAGCUCCAGCAUGUUCUCUAUGUCUCAGCACAAAGACUUCGCCUACCCUCGGGCCAACGGGUUCUACAUGAACCCCACUAGUGAUUUGAACCCUGGUUCUUCAGAUUUCGGCUCCUUCACUAGCAUGAGCAUGCGCGACAUGUUUCAGAACUCAGCAAGCUGUCAGUUAGCGGCUUUCAGAGCCCCGUCCUACAAGGCGCCGACCUCCUACUACGACUGUUCUAAAUACUGACCAUUAACUCACCGUUAGGUUGUUUUAUUUUAAAGGCCAAUCACUCAUCCACACGUGUCAUUCUAGAAAACUUUCGCUUUAACUUUGAUGUCAUUAAAGCUUGUGUUUGAAUCUUCAGUAUGGCUGUAAUGUCAAUGGACAUUUUAUAUAUUUGGAAUGCUGACCUAUGUAAAAGGAGCUCUUUUGUGCGAUGAAAUUGAUCUUCACAAUGGGUCGCAGAACUAAACCCUGAACGCGUGAGUCAGAAAGGAUGUUACCAGAAUAUUCCUUAAGUGUGUUACGCAUCAUUGGAGCUUGGCACCUGAACAGACGUAGAUCUAAUCUGUUAAGUUUAAAAACGAAAUGUCAUGACGCUGGGACUUUUGCGUAGAGUAAUGAAACUAUGUACACAACACAUGGCAUCCAAAGAAAGACAUGUCAUUUGUCAUUCGAAGAAAAAAAAUGUGAUUGUCAUCCAAAAACAUGUCAUAUUAUUUGUCAUCCAAAGAAAGACAUAGCGUUUGUCAUUCGAAGAAAGACAUGGCGUUCGCUAACCAAAGAAACACAUGGCAUUUGUCAUCCAAAGACAUGUUAUGAUAUUUGUCAUCGUCAGAAAGACAUUAAAUUGUCAUCCAAGAUAGACAUGGCAUUUAUCACCCAAAAACAUAUCAUGGCAUUUGUCAUCCGAAGAAAGACAUGGGAUUGUCAUGCACAGAAAGACAUGGCGAACAUUGGCAAAUGGUCAUCUAAAGAAAAUUCAUGACAUUAGCCAUUAAAAAUACAAUUUGCACAAUUUUCGACCUCAAAAACUAUAAGCGCCAAAAUAACUUUCUGUUUUAGGCUCAUUAAAAAUAACCUAGAUAAACCUAGAUGUGAAGAACAAUUGUCAGAUGAUUCUGACAUAUAUUGCCAUGAUUCUGACAUAUAUUGCCAUGAUUCUGACAUAUAUUGCCAUGAUUCUGACAUAUAUUGCCAUGAUUUUUUAAAUGUAAUUAUGUAUUUUAUAGUUACACAUUUCUAGAUAUUUUUCUAAAUUUUUUUUUUCAAUAUCGCGAUGUUACUUUUGUUUGUAUCUACGGUGUGUACCUGGCCAAUGCAGUGAAACCCACUUAGUUGCAAGGCGACUAAACAAGCUUGCGAUUAAACGGACUAUGCUGAUAUGCGGAAAGUCAUCUUUUGUAUAUAUUACGAUGCUUGAGGUGAAGCAGGAAGGUGAAUUAGAAUUUAUGAAUAGUAUGCCAUUAAGGAAAUUCUUCAAUAAUACGGUUUGCAACUAAGUCGGUUUUACUAUAAAAAGUUUUUUUUUUUUCAUGUAGAAACAAAUUCGUAUUCCAAAUCUCCGUGUGGUCAAUGUGUGUAUGUGUUUAAUUUAUUGCUAUUGGUCAGCGAAACCAGUGCUGGCAUUCAAAUACAUUUUUCAAAUUAGUUUGACAAUUAAAACAUACGCUUUUUAAAUGUCCCUUUUUUUUUUUUGUAAAGUCAGUUAGAAAUAAAAACAUUUUAUUAUGAACA